AUGCCCACUCUCUCGAUCUAUGUGGUGGGCCUCCUGACUAUCCUGGGCCGCGAGAGUGUUAUGGCUCAGGGGGUCUCCCAAACAAGCCCUGUCAUUGUGGAAGGAAAUACUUUUACUUUGAACGGCGACCAUGUUUCCUACCGCUUCCAUGUUGAUACCACCACCGGUGACCUCCUAUCCGAUCACUUCGGAGGAAGCAUCACGGGCGCAAUCCCCACAGACCCAGAGCCUGAAGUUAAUGGCUGGGUUGGGAUGAUCGGUCGUGUCCGUCGUGAGUUUCCCGAUCAGGGUCGAGGGGAUUUCCGUGUGCCUGCUAUUCGUAUACGACAGUCGGAAGGAUACACCGUCAGUGAUCUGCGGUAUCAGUCGCAUACUGUGGUUGCGGGAAAACCUGAGCUUCCUGGAUUGCCGGCCACUUUUGGUAGCGAGGAUGAUGUGACCAGCUUAAUUAUCCAUCUGUAUGAUGAUUACAGCAACGUGGCAGCGGAUCUGACCUACUCGAUUUUUCCGAAGUAUGAUGCCAUUGUGCGCAGUGCUAGUGUUACUAACAAGGGGGAUGGGAAUAUCACUGUCGAGGCGUUGGCUAGUUUGAGCGUUGACCUGCCGUAUGAGGAUCUGGAGAUGAUCGGUCUUCGGGGCGAUUGGGCUAGGGAGGCUCGUCGAGAGAGACGAAGGGUCGAGUAUGGGACGCAAGGAUUCGGGAGUACGACGGGCUUCUCGUCCCAUCUCCAUAACCCAUUCCUCUCAUUGGUACGUCCAUCCACGACUGAGUCUCAGGGCGAGUCCUGGGGGUUCUCGCUGGUCUACACGGGUUCUUUCGCCGUUGAUGUCGAGAGAGGUUCUCAGGGCCUGACCCGUGCCCUACUGGGCUUCAAUCGUAACCAGCUGUCCUGGCCAUUAGGCCCUGGAGAGACCCUCACCUCCCCAGAAUGUGUCUCGGUAUACUCAAAAGACGGCAUCGGCGGCAUGUCGCGCUCUCUGCACCGACUCUACCGCAACCAUCUCAUCAGGAGCCAGUUUGCUACCGACAACCGUCCCGUACUGCUCAACAGCUGGGAAGGCGUCUACUUCGACUACAACCAGAGCAGCAUCUACCGCCUAGCGCAGAAAUCGGCCGACCUGGGCGCCAAACUCUUCGUCAUGGACGACGGCUGGUUCGGCGACGAAUACCCUCGUGUAUCAGACAACGCGGGACUCGGCGACUGGGUGCCCAAUCCUGAGCGGUUCCCCAACGGUCUGCAACCCCUAGUAUCCAAUAUUACUCAGCUUAAGGCCGCCAACUCCUCCACCAACCUUCGUUUCGGCAUCUGGAUCGAGCCGGAGAUGGUCAACCCCAACUCAACCCUGUACCACGACCACCCUGACUGGGUCCUACACGCAGGACCAUACCCUCGCACAGAGCGUCGCAACCAACUCAUCCUCAACGUCGCCCUGCGCGAAGUCCAAGACUUCAUCAUCGAGACCGUCUCUACUAUCCUCACCUCCGCUGACAUCACCUACAUCAAAUGGGACCACAACCGCGCCAUGCACGAAACCCCUUCGCCGGCCGCCGACCACGCCUAUCUCCUAGGUAUCUACCGUGUCCUCGACACCCUUACGCGUCGGUUCCCACAUGUCCUCUGGGAAGGCUGCGCCUCAGGCGGCGGACGGUUCGACGCCGGAAUCCUGCAGUAUUUCCCUCAGAUCUGGACCUCGGAUGAUACAGACGCCGUGGAACGAAUCUCCAUCCAACUAGGCACGUCACUUGCAUACCCACCCAGCGCAAUGGGGGCGCAUAUCUCCGCCGUACCGAACCACCAAACCGGGCGCUCCAUUCCCGUAAGUUUCCGUGCGCAUGUCGCCAUGAUGGGCGGGUCGUUCGGGCUCGAACUGAACCCGGAAGAGCUACACGAGGAUGAAAAGGCGGAAUUGCCGCCGUUGAUUGCCCUAGCGGAAAGGGUGGCACCGGUGGUUUUGAAAGGUGAUAUGUAUCGACUCAGACUGGCUGAGGAGACGAAUUGGCCUGCUGUGUUGUUCAUUAGCCAGGAUGGGACGCAAGCGGUGUUGUUCGUUUUUCAGCUUGCGCCAAAUGUUAAUCACGCUGCACCGAGGAUCAGGUUGCAGGGAUUGGAGCCCGACGCGCUGUACAGUGUUGAUGGUGAGGGGCAGUAUUCGGGAUUGACGCUGAUGAACAUGGGAUUGCAGUAUGUGUUUGAGGGAGAUUAUGGUAGUAGGGUUGUUUCAUUAGAGAGGAUAUCUGACCACUAG